GUUAUGCUGGGUUUUGGGCGCCUGCAGGCCCUCUACCGGAGCCGACAGCUUGCUAAACAGUAUGAAGCAACCCGGGCUCAUAUCAUCAGGCUUCAAGCCAUGUGCCGUGGUUAUCUAAUGCGUCAAAAGAUAGCAGAGCAGAAGAAAGCUGUAUGUGUUAUACAGGCAUACGCAAGGGGCAUGUUUGCUCGCCAAAUCUACCAGAGGAUGAAGAGGGAGUGCAAGCUGGAAGCCAGAAAUAUCUGCUUGGAAGAAGAGAAACGUCUCAUGCAAGUCCUUGGACCAGUGAAAGCAAGGGAAGAAGCUAUGAGAUUAGAGAAGGAACACCUGGCUAUUCUGGAGAGAGAGGAGGCAGAAACAAGACAAAGGAGGAAUGCUCUUGCCAAUAAACCAACAAAUCAUGAUGUUAUCAGCGACCAAGAAAUGGUGGACAAAAUUUUUGGGUUUUUACCUUCUAUGAUCGGAGGCCAGGAAGGACAGGCCCCUCUGGGUUUUGAGGACUUGGAAACAAAGCCAAACAAGCUGUACGAGGUGGACCUUGACAUGGUUCCCAUGAGUGUGGAGCUAGAAGAGGAAGCAGAUGGCUUGGAAGAGUACACCUUCCCAAAGUUUGCAGCUACUUAUUUCCAGGGGUCAUCUACGCAUACACAUAUCCGGAGACAGCUGCGGCACCCACUACUCUACCAUGAUGACAAGGACAAUGUCCUGGCUUCUCUAGUCGUGUGGGUUAUCAUCCUGAGGUUCAUGGGGGACCUGCCAGAGCCAGCAAUGUUUGCCAAGAAUGCCACGACCAAGAGCGGCUCCGUGAUGACACAGAUAUAUGACACACUUGGCAGGAAAAACCAGGUCCAGUUCAGGAAUGACAGCCCAAAUAUGAGAGAAAGCAGAAAGGAUAACAAGAUUUCCAAGGGGAUCUCUUCCCUGAAGCUGAAACGGUCAUCCAAGUUGACAGGGAAGGUGACAGACCAGCUGAGAAGUGGAGAAGAGGCUUUCCAAGAGGACAGCUCGAUCUCUGAGAGACCUAUGUCCAACCUAGAAAAAGUGCACUUCAUUAUUGGCAAUGCAAUUCUGCGUCCUGCUAUCAGAGAUGAGAUUUAUUGCCAGAUUUGCAAACAACUCACUGAAAACAGCAACAGGAGCAGCUAUGCUCGAGGAUGGAUCCUUCUGUCACUUUGCCUUGGUUGCUUUCCUCCUUCAGACACAUUUGUGAAGUACCUGUUGAAUUUCAUCCACCAUGGGCCGACAGGCUAUGCACCAUAUUGUGCUGAACGUCUGAGACGUACCUAUGUCAAUGGAGCACGGACUGAACCUCCAAGCUGGCUGGAACUUCAGGCAACAAAGCAGAAGAAACCCAUUGUGUUUAAUGUCACCCUGAUGAAUGGCCAAAGCAUCACUGUUCCUGCAGACUCUGCUUCCAUUGCCAAAGAGAUUUGUCAGUUCAUAGCAGAUAAAACCAAACUGAAGGAUGUGUUUGGUUUUUCACUCUACAUUGCUGUAUUUGAUAAGGUCUGGUCACUGGGUGGGGGACGAGAUCAUGUUCUAGAUGCCAUCUCUCAGUGUGAACAGCUGGUGAAGGAGCGGGGCACACAUGAACGCAAUGCGCCCUGGCGGCUCUACUUCCGGAAGGAAAUCUUCACCCCCUGGCAUAACUCCCAGGAGGAUCCUAUCAGCACUGAUCUAAUUUACCACCAAGUCAUUCGCGGCAUCCGGUUUGGAGAGUACCGUUGUGAGAAGGAGGAGGAUUUGGUCGAGAUAGGUGCAAAAUACUGUUACAUUGAGUUUGGAGAGUCCAUUCACAAUGAACGUGUGCAGAAGGCGCUCCAUGACUGUAUCCCAGUGAAACAGCUGAAGUCCAAGCCCCUGGAAAAGUGGGUGAGCCUUAUAACCUACGCACAUGCUAAGGCCCCAUACACACAGGACCGUGUCUCCUGUCAGACUGUGAAGGAACAACUUGUAGAUUUUGCUCGCUUUCAGUGGCCUUUGCUUUUUUCCCGAUUCUUUGAAGUCACUAAGUUUUCAGGUCCCAGCUUGCCCAAGAACCACUUUAUCAUUGCUGUAAAUUGGAAAGGUAUCUGCUUCUUGGAUGAGUCAGAAAAGCGGCUCCUUGAGCUGACCUUCCCAGAGAUAACUGGCAUCCACACCAACAGGGCAGUGAAGUCAUUUGGACAGAGUUGCACUCUCAUCACACUUCGUGCCGAGGAGUUUGUGCUUACAUCUGUAAACAGUGUUGUCAUUGCUGAACUGGUGGUCAUGUUCCUGGAAGGACUGAAGAAGAGAUCACGAUUCGCUGUGGCAAUGCAUGAGAAAAAAUCCCAAGAAGACCCUGCCAUCUUGUCCUUCAAGAAGGGAGACUUGCUAAUCUUCACCGAAGACAAAAGGCUUGAUGCAAACUCUGGCUGGAUCUGUGCCCAGAAUGAAAGGACAGGCAAAACAGGGAAUGUAUUUUUGGAAGAGAUCUACAUCAUUCCUUCUCUCACAAAACCCUCUAGUCAAGUGCUGAGUUUGCUGAUGAUGUCUCCAGACCAGAGAAGGACAGCUUCACAGAACUCCUACAUGGAUGAACCUGAUGAAGAGGAUCUCAAAGUGAAGCCUUACACGCUGGAGGAGUUCUCCUAUGAACACUUCAGGACUCCUGAGAAGGAAUCCAUCAGCAAAGCUGUUCUCCAGAAAUCCCGCAAGCACAGUCAACUGUGGGCACACUCUAAGGAGCCCUUGAAACAGCCCUUGCUGAAGACAGCAUGCACAGACCCUGAUCUUCGGGACUUGGCAUGUCAGGCCUUCAUUGCCAUCAUGAAAUUCAUGGGAGACUAUCCCUCAAAACAGGCACACUCCUCUGUGGAAGUCACUGACCAGAUAUUUGUAGCAGCUAUCCAGGAGGAGGUCCUGCGGGAUGAGAUUUACUGUCAGAUUAUGAAGCAACUGACUGAGAACAGAAACAGGUACAGCGUGACCAAGGGCUGGCAGCUACUUUGGCUCUGCACUGGCCUGUUCCCACCCAGCAAGUCACUGCUGAAACAUGCCCAGAAGUUCAUGGAGACACGUCAGAAAGAGACGCUGGCCCUGGAGUGCAGUCGGAGGAUUCAGACAGUGAUGAG